AUGCUUCGGACUGCCAUCCAUCUCGCCCUUGGGCUCGCCGCCGCCGCCGCCGCCGCCGCCGAUGGUCAGCUGGCCACCCUGUGUCGCUUCAUCAACUUGUCGACCGGACGGGACUCGCCCUCCAUCGUCUACACGGCCAAGUGUGCACGCACCGUCGGAGGCCCUCUCGAGGUUUGCUCGCAGCUCGACCUCGCCUGUUGCCUCACCAACCACGACGGGACUCUCGAGGCUCCUGUCGACAUGAAUACCGUCAACUUUGCAGAUACCUGCCCCGGCUGCCACGUUGAUGCGGCCGGCGUGAACAUGGUCUGCCUCUGCCGGCAGAUGAACGGGACGUACGGUCACGCGAGUGUUGAUCUGAGUAUGAAACGGAACCCUUGGUGUCAAACGACGCUGAUCAUGGGAGUAGACCACAUCAUUGUCGUUCAGGACGGAACCCUGGCCUGCUCAACCACCAUCGGCAAGGAGGUAUCCGAGUGUCCCGUCACCUGGAUUGGGCCGCCUCGACGACGGGGGUGA